UUGUCUGUCACAUGCCAACCACCAUCCUCGUCUUCCACCUCCCCGACCAUUCUGCCCUCCACUCUCAACAUCGGCACUUUGGACUGAGCAUGACGGGGCCUCAAACGUGAUCUAUAGCAGCAGCAGCAUGGCCGUCCCCUCCCUACCCGUACGCCUACCCCUCUCCAACCGGUCCUUGAAGCAACUCCUCUCCGACCUCUCCUCCCUCUACCUCCGGCACCGCACGCAGAUCUCGCGCACGGCGUACGCUGCCCUCUUCCUCACCCUCAUCUACCGCGUCCGCCAUGCCAUCAAAGAGCAGAAAGCCGCGACUGCUCAGGCCGCCCAAGCCCGCAAACGCGCCUCUGCUACCGGCGGCCGGCCCGAUGCCACGGCCAAGAGAAGAGUCGAGCUGGACCGAGAGUUCUUCCGCAAUCUCGCCAAGCUGCUGAGGAUAUGUAUACCAGGCGUAUGGAGCCGUGAGGCCCGCUUGCUCCUUCAGCACUCCUUCUUCCUCGUCACGCGCACCCUGCUUAGUCUCUACAUCGCCAAGCUGGAUGGACAGCUCGUCAACAACCUGGUGCGCGGCAAGGCCAAGCGCUUCUUGAAGCUCCUCGUGUGGUGGAUGCUCGUUGCCGUCCCCGCCGUCUUCACCAACUCCAUGCUCAACUGGCAUCAGACAACUCUGGCGCUCGCAUAUCGAACCCGCCUCACGAACUACAUCCACGACAAGUAUCUCAACAACAUGACCUUCUACACCCUCAGCGCCCUCGACGACCGGAUCAAAAAUGCCGACCAACUCAUCGUGGUCGACGUGUCCAAGUUCAGCAACUCCCUCGCCGAUUUGUACUCCAGCCUGACAAAGCCCGUCCUCGACCUUGCCAUUAACAGCUGGUCCAUUUCUCGGAGCGUCGGCGGCGAGGCCUUCAUACUCGCCAGUGUCGCCGUGCACAUCAGUGCACUUCUCAUGCGAGCAGUCACCCCGCCAUUUGGCAAAUAUGUGGCCGAAGAGACUAAGCUGGAGGGCGAGUUUCGCUUCCAGCAUACCAGACUCAUCGACUACAGUGAGGAAGUGGCGCUCUACUACGGCCACGAUGCCGAGAGAGACACAUUGGACAAAGGCUACUUUACCCUCAUCAAGCACGUCAACCGUAUCUUACGAAGAAAGCUGUGGCAUGGCGUGAUGGAAGAUUACGUUGUCAAGUAUUGCUGGACCGCGAUUGGCUUCUUGCUAAUCUCGGUCCCCGUCUUCUUCCGUGUUCCUGCAAAUGUCAAUGCAGGCCUUGGCCCCAAGGCGGCUGGGCGUGCGGAAGAUCUCAUCACUGUCCGCAGGCUGUUGGUGAAUUGCAGCGACGCGUUUGGGAAGCUGAUGUUUAGCUACAAGGAUGUUUCUCAACUUGCUGGGUACACCAGCAGGGUCAGCAUGCUACUCGAAGUCAUUGCGGAUACCGAGCGAGGACACUUUGAAAAGGCUCUCGUUUCGUCUGCGUCUACGGAAGCCAACGCCGUGGUACUAGCAGGGAGAGGAGAACUGGAGGAGAGCGACGACAUUCAAUUCCUGGACGUACCCAUCGUUAGCCCGAACGGCGAUGUCUUGGUGAGGCAGCUGUCUUUCCACAUUGGACCUGGCGACCACUUGCUCAUUGUGGGCCCGAACGGCUGCGGGAAAAGCAGCCUCUUCCGCAUCCUCGGGGGCUUAUGGCCUGUUUAUGGUGGCAAAGUGCGCAAACCCGCAAGCGAGGACAUCUUCUACAUCCCGCAGAGGCCGUAUCUCAGCAAAGGCACCCUGAGACAGCAAAUCCUGUAUCCAGACAGCCUGCUUGACAUGCGAGCAAGGCGCAUCACCGAUCAAGAUCUCGCAGACAUCCUGCAAAAACUGGGCAUUGGUUAUCUCCUCGAACUGCAAAAUUCGAAGCACUCUGCGGAGCUCGAGCUUGCGCCGGUGGAAAGCCGCUCCGGCCGUACACCCAAUGGAUUAGACGUCGAGGCAGAAUGGACAUCCGUCCUCUCCAAUGGCGACCAACAGCGGAUAGCGGCUGCACGCUUGUUCUACCAUCGCCCCAAAUACGCCAUUCUCGACGAGUGCACCAGCAGUGUCACGGCCGAGGUGGAGAAGAUCAUGUACGAGGAAGCGAAGAAUCUGGGCAUCACACUCAUGACUGUUUCACAUCGCCGAAGUCUGUGGCGAUAUCACGGCUGGAUUUUGCAGUUUGAUGGGCAGGGUGGACACGUCUUCACCAAGCUGGAUGCGGAAAAGAGGCUUGCCUUGGAGGAUGAGCGGGAGGAGCUGGAGAUCAAGAUUCGCGCUGUCCCGGAGAUUGAGAAGAGGAUUGCGGAAUUGGAGGCUGGUGGUCAAUGAGCGGAUUUGUGCUGCAUCUUCGUCCCUGAAAGCACGAACAUAGUAGUGCGCAAUAUCAUGAAUGAUGAAUAUUAGAGUGAAUUGAGUGUACUAAGUCCCGCA